AUGCCCCAGGCUCAAGGCCUCAUUGAAGCUGGCCUCGAGUCACGCAUCUUGUCCCCCACGGAUGCCGAAUUCAAGGCGCGACAAGACUCAUACUGGUCCAACAGCGCAAAGAUCAACCCCGCCUGCAUUGUCCAACCCCAUUCUCCUGAAGAAGUGGCAGCCGUCGUCAAGGCCCUUGUCACUGCGGGUCAAAAGUUCGCUGUCCGAAGUGGUGGCCAUACUAACUGGGCGGGAUCCAACAAUAUCCAAGAUGGUGUGACUAUUGACCUGGUUCACUUGAACAAGACAACCUAUGAUGCAGCAACCGAGACUGCUAGCAUCGGGCCUGGUUGUCGAUGGCGUGAAGUUUAUGCUGAACUCAACAAGUAUGGACGUGCUGUCGCUGGCGGUCGCGAAGGCAACGUCGGAGUAGCUGGUCUCUUGCUUGGAGGCGGCAACGCUUUCUUCACAGCUCGUCAAGGCUUCUCCUGCGACAACGUCGUAUCAUACCAAGUUGUUCUCGCCAACGGGGACAUCGUCACCGCCGACAAAGACAACAACGCGGAUCUGUUCCUUGUUCUCAAGGGUGGCUCAAGCAACUUUGGUAUCGUCGCCGAGUUCACAAUGAAGGCGAUCCCAUGCGACAAGGUAUGGGGAGGAAUGACCUUUUUCCCAAAGCAGGUGAUUCCAAGUGCCAUUGAGGCUCUGUCGGCGUUUGCGGACAACGUGCCCAACGAUAUCAACAGCAACUUGGUCACCAUCUUUACACAUAUGCCUGACUUUAAGGAUGUUGUUGUCGCUACUCUUUAUGCGAAUAUUGCUGGUGUUGAAAAGCCUCCCGCGUAUGAAAAGUGGCUGGCUCUACCGGAGAUCUUGAACACGGUCAAGAUGACAACGAUUUCAGAGAUGGCGUUUGAGUAUAAUAUCCCUGCCAACUACUAUGACACAUGGUUCACGAGCUGCUUCAAGAAUGACAUCCGCAUCAUCACAAAGGCGUCAGAGCUGCAUGACCAACUUGUCCAAGAACUCAAGGACUUCAUCCCAGAUGGAAACUUUAUCACUCAAUGUCUGUUCCAGCCUCUGCCUGCUCUUUUCGGACAGCGCUGUGUUGAAGCUGGUGGAAACGUCAUGGGCGUUGAGCGACAGAAGGACAAUGGGAUCCUGUUCCUCGCCGUCGUCAUGGCCAACACCCCGGAGCAAGAGGCAUUUGCGCGACCAAAGGUACAGGCGUGGAUCCAGCAGGUUCGCGAGUUUGCGGCCACCAUCGAAGGAGGUAACCUUGGGUGGACGUAUCUGAACUAUGCCGACAAGAGCCAGGAUCCGUUGGGUAGUUAUGGUGCUGAGAAUGUCAAGAAGAUGAAGGAUGCGGCAGCCAAGUAUGACCCGAGCGAGGUUUUCCAGAAGCUCUGCCCAGGAGGAUUCAAAAUCUCGGAUGUCAAAGACCCAUGA